GAUACUACAACGACCGGCAUGCAUCGCGCAAGACAACCAUGCGAACAGAGUUCACUGCUGUUGUCUGCUGAGGUGUAUUGAAGUGCAAACUGAGGUUGGGAGGCUGUUGCCAUGGAGCCGGCCUGGAGACAGCAGGGCCGGGGCCGAGGCCGGAGUCAGGAGGGUAAGGGUGAAAGGUCACAACCCCCACAGAGAGAGAGGGAGAGGCCGGGAGCUGCUGCAGGAGUGUCGGGGGCAGGACGAGGAGGGAAGACGAAGAUGGCUGCAACACCAGACCCCCCACCUGCUGUGACUGUCCAGUCCAAGUUUGAAGAGAUCAGGAAGUACAACCAGGCUGCUGCUCAGCGGCUGGUGGAGAGCCAGCUCAGCUCCUCCUCUGAUGAUGAGGAUGAUGACGAUGACGACCAUAAGGAUGGAAAGAGAGGGAAGAUCCUGGCGUCGACCUUCACCAUCUACACUGACCAGACAGGUGGAGAUGCAGCAGGCCUGGUCAGGACUGGUCAGUAUGUCAGUGACCUGUUUCAGUCUGGAGCUCUCACCUGUCUGAUCUGCAUCGCCUCUGUCAAGCGGACGCAGCCGGUGUGGAGCUGCUCCAGCUGUUUCUCCCUCUUCCACAUGCCCUGUAUUCAGAAGUGGGCCAGAGACUCAGUCUUCCUUGUCUCCUCGGUCACUGACGAAGACUUUGGCCAGAAGCAGCACCCCUGGCCCUGUCCAAAGUGUCGAGCGGAGUAUCCCCCCAGCGCCACACCCAACAGGUACAUGUGUUACUGUGGGAAGCUGCAGGACCCUCCAGCCGACCCCUGGUUGGUCCCUCACUCCUGCGGCUCUGUCUGUCAGAAGGAGCUCAAACCCAGCUGUGGUCACACCUGUCUGCUGCUCUGUCACCCCGGUCCCUGUCCUCCAUGUCCAAAGAUGGUGUCAGUUUCCUGUAUGUGUGGCAAAGCCAAGCCCCUCCCCCGUCGCUGUAGCAACAAGGCCUGGUCGUGUCAGCAGCAGUGUGGCAGGUUGUUACCCUGCAGACAGCACAUGUGUUCUCAGCCGUGUCACACAGAGUGCGCGGAUUGUCCCAGAGUCAGCCUCCAGAGGUGUGUGUGUGGUCGAGAGACGGCGAAGAGGCCCUGCGCCAGCCCUCAGUGGAGCUGUCAGCAGGUGUGCGGCGCUCUGCUCUCCUGUGGGAAUCACACCUGUGAGGCUGUGUGUCACGACGGAGUGUGUCCUCCGUGUCCUCGCUCCGUCAGCAGGUCCUGUCCCUGUGGCAAGACCAAGUCGUCCCUGCCGUGCACAGAGGAAGUGCUGCCGUGUGGUGACACGUGCGACCGCCCCCUGUCGUGUGGACAGCACACCUGUUCGAUGAGGUGUCACCGAGGGAGCUGCGAGACCUGCAGACAGGUGGUGGAGAAGGAGUGCAGGUGUGGGAAGCACAGGAAGCUGAUGCCGUGCCAUAAAGAAUACCUGUGUGACUCCAAGUGUCCUCAGACCAGGAGUUGCCAGAGACACCAGUGCAGGAGGAAGUGUUGCCCUGGUAACUGCCCCCCCUGUGACCAGAGCUGUGGUCGAACUCUGGGGUGUCGAAACCACAAGUGUCCCUCUGUCUGUCACCAAGGUACUUGUUACCCCUGUCCAGAGUCGGUGGAGGUCAGAUGUGCAUGUGCUUCAACCGUCUUGGUCGUUCCUUGUGGGCGAGAACGGAGCACCAAGCCGCCUCGCUGCAAGGAGCCCUGCAGGGUUCCUCCGUCCUGCCACCACCUGACCAGAGAGACUCACCGGUGCCACCCCGGCCCCUGCCCCCCCUGCACGCAGCCCUGCCUGCUGCCGCUGCCCGGCUGCAGCCACACCUGUCCACAGCCCUGCCAUGACCUGGUGCUGGUCAGGUCCCAGCAGGUUCCGUUAGCGGGUCCAUGGGAGCAGCCGUCUGAGCCAGCGUUUGUGAAGAAAGCUCUGCCCUGCCCUCCCUGUCAAGUGCCAAUCCCAACGGCCUGUUUUGGGGAACAUGAGGUCAGCCCGGUGCUGUGUCAUCACCAGGGCCGAUUCUCCUGUACGAGGCCCUGUGGGCGACCUUUGGCCUGCGGCAACCACAGCUGCAUCAGGGAGUGUCACCUGGUUACCGACAGCAACAAGGUGAUGACCUCGUUGGGUCUGCAGUGCAAGGUGUGUGAGGAGGGCUGCUCCAAGCCCCGCCCCCCCCGCCGCCCNNNNUCCUGCCCCCGCCCCUGUCACCCCGGCAGCUGCCCCCCCUGCAGCCAGAUGAUCCGUCAGCGCUGCCACUGCAAGAUGAGCAUGCUCUACGUGGAGUGCACGAAGCUGACGUCAGCUGAUGAGCAGACGAAGGUGGAGCUGGGCUCCUGCAACAACCAGUGUCCUAAAGAGCUGAGCUGUGGGCAUCGCUGUAAGCAGGUGUGUCAUCCAGGUGUGUGCGAGGAGAAAUGCCAGCAGAAGGUGAAGCUCCGGUGUCCCUGCAAGAGGAUCAGGAAGGAGUUCCUGUGCUCUCAGUCACCUCAGUGUGGUGUCGAGUGUGACGACGCCUGCAGAGACCAGCAGAGGAGAGUCAGCCAGGUGAAGGAGGCAGAGCAACGAGCCGCUGAGGAGGAGGAGCAGAGGAGACUCCAGGAGGAGCUGGAGGCGUUCGAGAAGCGUCAGCUACGAGGAGGUCGGAGGAGUAAGAAGCGGGGCAGGAGGGAGGAGAUGGAGGACGAGCAGGGGAGGGUGAGCCGGUGGUGGAGGAGGUGCGCCGCCUUGGUCCUCGUCCCGCUGGGCGGAGCUCUGCUGUCUGCCGCUGCCUACUACCUCCUGAACACAGCCUGAGCCGACACAUGGCCGCAACGUGUCCGUCAGCUCUGCUGUCUCCACGUUUGGUUCCACCUCAGGUUGUUGUCAUCUGACCUCAGUUUCUGCUCCUCUUCCUCCACGUUACAGGACGCCGCCGGUGGUUCUGUUUGUCCAGAGGCUGGACGAACGUUCAGUGAGCACACCAUGUCCACUGCUGCUGAUCUCUGGAUGGGGUCACGUACAGAGUCACUGCUACUUCCUGUGAUGUUCGUCCUUUACACUGGUUUUGACGUAGUCCUACUGGAACAUCUCUGUUCCCGUUGGACGUCCAAUGAAGGCUUAGUUUGAUUUACAAGAGUUAAACCAACUUUUUUUUAUUAUUAUGCAGCAAAUACCCAAACUGUUAAAAAUCAUCUGUGUUGAACGUCUGAACUGGAGCUGCAGUGUUUUCUUCUCAUAACCAAAUCGUUGGUUCUGUAAAAGUGAAAACCAUGAACAGUGUUUCUGAGCUGUGACGAUGGGCUCGACGGGCUCUCGGUCAUGUGACCUUCACUGCAGGCCGUAGUGGUCUAUUUAGUCUCCGUGCGUUUGGAAUCUAACUGGUCUCUGAGCUCGUCAGGAUGCCCAGUCAUCCGUUUGGUUUCCCCCCAGACGGAGAGCGAGCUGUUCGAUCUGCAGGGUUGGUCAGAAAACGGUUAGAACCACGUUAACAGUCAAAUCAAAGUGUUGGACGCUGUCUGACCACGGUAAACAUUCUUUUCUUCCUCACAAAUGAUCUUUAUAAAAUUUUCCUCCAAUGUUCAUGUUUUGUGUGUUUCUGUACGAGAUGGAAGAGGAGGCGUCUGAUUGGUUCAUUCAGAAGUUGAGUCCAUCAGAACGAGCCUCCUGCUCUGGUGCCGAAGUGUUAAGAUGGUUUGAAAGUUCUGAUGUAAAGUUAGGUUUUGUGUUGAGAAAUAAAAUGUGUCGAACUGA